GUAAGUGUUGAAAAUCUUGGAAAUUAGUAAUUAGGGUUUGAACAAGAUUAGAGUUUGGGAAUUCUUUGAUUAUUGAUGGGAUUUACAAUUUUUUCUUUUAGGUUUUUAUUGUUAUGAAGAAAGGAAGAACAUUGUGUUGUGGUUGUGAAGAUUAGUUAGAUUAGUGUGUGUGUGUGUGUUUACAUGUAGAAGGGAUAGAAAUGGAUAAAUGGAUGGUUGCAGUUGCUGCUGGUGCUGGCUAUAUAGCUCAGCAUUUUAAAAAAAAUAGGCAGGAUGGUGAGCAAGUAACGUCUAAAUCAUCGGUCGAGGAUGUAGAACUUGAAUCCCCAAAGCAACCAUCCGAUAAGAAAUGGCCCUUCCGCAGGUUGUCAAGGAGAGAUAGUUUGAAAAAAGAUGAUUCUGAAGUUAGAAGUGAGGUUUGUGUUAGUGAGUUUGAUGUUGAAAAGGGGAUGGUUUCGGGAAGUUAUGAAGGUAGCAGUGUUUUUUCUGCAUCGAGUUUGUUCCCUGGUUUUAUUGGUAGUGGUGGAAUUUUAGGAGAUGCUGAAAGAGGUAGAGUGAGUGAAGGGAAGGGUGAGUUGGUUAAUAAACCCUUGACUCCUAGAAGUAGAAUGUUUCUUAGAAGUAGGCGAAAGAUUGGUGUAGCUUUUAGACCUUUAAGUUCUUUAGAAAGUUGCCUUAGGGCUCAGUUGCAUACAGAGCAUGUUGAAAUGAAUCCUUCUAUGCAGACUGUGAGGCCAUUUUUUGUGACUGAUGGCAGUAAUGUGAUUAGUAGGGCAAGUGGUGAUUCUUUUGUCGUGCAAAGUAAUGUUGUGGAAAAGAACAUAAAAACAUAUUCAGAAGAAAAUAAAACAGGAUUAACGGAUGCAACUCUGCUUGUUUGUCUUGGGAUGUCAUUUGGGAUAUUGUAUUCUUUCAUGUCAAAUAAACUUGAGGUGGAAAGGUUGAACCGUGUGUUGAAGCAGAAAGAUAAUUUGGUUCAAGAUCUUGAAGAGGAGCUUGAGAUGAAAGAUUCAUUAAUCAUGAAAGAGCUUACGACCGAGGAUCAUAAAUCACAAAGAAUGGGCCGUGGUUCUUUAUAUGAUGGAUCACCUACUUUGGUUUCUGAUGAGCAUAAUAACCAAGAAUCUGUUGUUAUAAAGGCAAAGGAUGAUUCUUUCAGUAAAAUUGAAGCCGAGCUUCAAGCUGAGCUUGCAAUGCUUGAAUUGAAUAUGACUUCAUCCACCUUAGAACGGAAGAUUUCAGAUCUUGUAGAGCAUGAUCCAGACUUUGAGGCAGGCGUAGCUGAGGUUGAGUUAAGGGCUGACAUGCUAGAUAACCAAAGUAACGCUGAUGAAGAUGAUAGGGGAAGCUCCACUACAACUCAUUCUGCAAACUACGCAGUUUCUCCUAGAGAAUUGAGUUUACGGUUACAUGAGGUCCUUCAAUCACAACUUGAAGAACGUAUCAGAGAGUUGGAAGCAGAAAUCGAAAGCCAACAAGUUCAAAAUUACAAAUCUUGGAAUGAUGUCCUGAGCAGUGAUGCAGGAGAUGAAAUCCAUGUAGAUGGACCUGUUGUUUUAAAUCUAUCAGGUGAAGCUUUAGAUGCUUAUAAAGAGGCUUGUAAUGAGUUUGCAAAACUUGAUGAAUCAGAGGAAGAUGUGGAUGGAACACCAAUGUAUCAGUUUGAAGAUGACGGCUCACGUAAUGGCGCUGGAACAAGUGAAGAUGGGAAGGAUUUUGAUGACGACGAGAUGGAGAAGCUGUUGAUAAAGCAUAUAGUGGAGAAAGCAAGACAAGGGUCCCCCGUAGUUUUAAAUGCACAACGGGCAUUGUUUUCUGAAUGAUGCAAGUCAUAUUUUUGUUUGUAAACAACAUAUAUGUAGGUCAAUGAUAGUACUGUUUUUGACAUGAAAUACAAGUUAACAGAUCUUUCUUUUGAGCCAAAA